GCGCUAUUAAUGUUUUUCGGAUUAGUUCUGUCUUUAUCGUUAAGCUGUAGUCCGGAAACAAAGUGUAAACAACAAAUAUUUUUCAUUAAAAUGGGGAGUUCUCAGAGCGUUUUCACUGAACAAGAGCUCAACGAUUAUCAAGAGCUGACUUACUUCACAAAGAAAGAAAUACUACAUGUGUUCAAGAGGUUUUCUCAGCUUAAUAAUUCUGCUGUAGACAAGGAUAAAAAUGCGAAACUGAAACGUGAUGAGAUACUAGAACUUCCAGAACUCAAGGUGAACCCUUUCAAAGACAGAAUUUGUCAAGUAUUUUCAUCAAGUAGAGAUGGUGAUAUGACAUUUGAAGAUUUCCUUGAUAUGAUGUCAGUAUUCAGUGACAAUGCACCAAAAAGUGUUAAAGUGGAAUAUGCCUUCAGAAUAUAUGAUUUUGAUGAAGAUGAUAUGAUAUCUAGCCGAGAUUUGAAAGAAGUUGUUGACAGACUGACAGGUGACCAGAAAUUAGAAAACGAGGACAUGCAACAACUUAUUGACAAUAUAUUUGAGGAAGCUGAUUUAGAUGAUGAUGAUUCUCUCUCCUUCGCUGAAUUUGAGCAUGUCAUAUCGAAAGCACCUGACUUUGUCAAUUCAUUCAGGAUUAGAUUGUAGGACAUCACAACCAUGUGAACUGCUGGACAUGAACAAAUUCCUGGAGACAUUCCUUUUAUGUGUUACCAUGGCAACCUGACAAUCAGUCUCUCAUUAACAUCAUGGAUAAUGGAAAUCUUGUUUUCUUCCUGUUUUGUCCCUUUCAGAUGCAUAAUAUUGUAGAUAAUUAGCAAAAUAUCCAAGUCAUAGUUAAAUUACUGUGUUUUCUCUCUCUGAUAAUAAACUUUGGAUCAGUUUAUCCAAUUUUAAGAAUUGAUGUCAAAACUUUAUGUUUGUACCUGAAAAAAUGCACGGAAGGGCACAUGAGGUCUUCCUCCACCAGUAAAGCUGGAACAUCACCAAAUGACCUAUACUGUGUCGGUGUGACAUAAAAGUUUAUCAAGAUAAAAGUACUGUAAGGUUAUGAAUAAAUAAUUGUGCGGACAAAAAAACUUAUUUUUUAUAAAAGACUCAACUUAUUUACCAUGCAUUAUUAUUCUAGGAUAUGUAUGUAUUGUAUUAAAAAGACUGGUUGUGAUUUGUAUGUAAAAGAGGUGUAAAUAUUGUAACCAGACUGUGAUAUUAUAUGUAUUCUAUUAUGCUGUUCUAGGGUCAGAAUUGUUCUUGCAUAACUACAAUGUUAGUUCCUCUCAUUCAGUAAUGUUCUUUUGGUAUGGAUUUAUUUGUUAUAAAUUUAUUACCCAUUACUUCUAUGGAUAUUCUUCUGUAUAUAAGGUGCUCCACUGAGGUUACAAAGCCUUAAUGCAUAAAAUUUGUAAUACUUGCAUGAAUUAACUAGAGUAAAAAUGUGCAAAAGACUAUUAAGAAAUAUACACAGACUGCAAUUGUUUUUAGCAAUUCAUAGCCCAAUUUGAGCUUAAAGCGUUUUAACGCUUUUCAGUUUUAGCUUACUUUGCACAAUAAUGAUUAUUCUCGAUAAACCAAGUGAGUGAAUGAUCUACCAGGGUAAAUGAAUCUUGCACACUGGUAAUUAGUCCAGAGUUACAUUAAAUGGUAUACAAAUCUCGAAAAAAUAUUUCCAGUCCCGUCAUGCCUGAAAACCUCAGUGGAUUGCUUUUUAAUAAGAAAAUGUAUAAUGUAUUGUAUUAUGAAAAUUGUGCAAUUUUUCUGUGUUCUUAAAAUUGUGACAACACAUUGAAUUUUUAAGCAUAAUGUGAAUUUUUACGUACCAAUGCUUUUGCUUUCUCAUUGAAAAUGCUUCAAAUAAAUUUAUUUUGAAACAAUUUAAAAAGAAAAUUCUAUAAAGGUUGUUGUGUAUGAAUAAAUUUUCUAUAAUCAGGAAUGACUUACAUCAUGUACACCAGUUUUAAAGCAUAUUUUAUUCCAGUCACUGUUCUGUAUAUCUUCAUUAUUUAUUUAUAUAGGACAUUCUUGUAUUUUAUGUAGACUGACAACUUGGUUUAUGAUAAACCUAUUAACAAGUAGUCCCACACUAAAAUGGUAAUCAGGUAUGACGCGUUGUUAAGUAGACUUGUAUCUUUUUAUUCUUGUAUCUUUUUUAUCCUGUCAUUUUAAUAUCAUGCUUAAGAGUAAUGUUCAUAAAUCUUCAUUUCAUAUACCAAUAUAUUUUUUAAUAAGCAACCCAUCCUCUGUCUGACAAAGAAAUCAAACUUAAGUUACCAAGUUAUAAAUCCAAGGAAAUUAUCUCUAUUUUUUACACAACUGGUGCUUCCAGUAUACAUGUAUAUUAUCCAGCAGAAAUAACUCAGAUUCAGUAAACAAUAUUUUAUUGUGACAAUAUUAAACUCCCUAAGUUGUUUAUUAGAGAAUAUAUGGUAGAAAGGUUGCAGGUAAACCUUCAUAAAAUAACAAACUAUGCAUUACACUCUGUAGAGCUCAUUUCAGGAAACCUAUGCAUUAUAAUUCUACUGUUUCAUUUCUUCUCAUUAAAUCAUGUUUUUAUACUUCUGUUAAAUUCUUUCAAUAAAUGUUUAUUAUCAAAGUUCUUUAAACAA